AGUACACACCCGAAAAUGAACGCGCAAAAGACUCACAGCACACCCAUUUCGUGAGUGUGAGAGUCAAAAGCCCAACACUUCACUGCCAUUGGCUGCCUCUGUCUUCUCCUUCCCACUCCCUUCAACUCGCACUGUUAUCUUCUCUUCUUGUUGUGUAGUGUGGUGUGGUACAGCAACAUCUGUGGUCUUUCUUCGAAACAAAUGGCGUGUGAAAGCGAAACCCACUCUUAAGAACUAAUUUCCAUUUGACUUGACUCUCUUUGUUUUUCUUGUUUCUUUAUGCUCCUUCCUUCGCUGUCUAGCUUCCAUCUAAAAAAAUGGCUCGCCUUUACCCUCUAGCUCUCUUUCUCUCCUUUCUUCUCACUAUCUCCCCCUCCCUUUCCACCAACUCUGAAGGAAAUGCUUUGCAUGCCCUGAGGAGUAGGCUUUCUGAUCCAACCAAUGUGUUGCAGAGUUGGGACCCAACUCUUGUCAAUCCCUGCACCUGGUUCCAUGUCACUUGUGAUUCCAGCAAUCAUGUUACUCGCUUGGAUUUGGGUAAUUCUAAUAUUUCUGGAACUUUGGGACCAGAGCUUGGAGAACUCAGGCAUCUAAAGUACCUGGAGCUUUAUAGGAAUGAUAUAGGAGGGAAAAUUCCCAAGGAGUUGGGUAAUUUGAAAAACCUUGUUAGCAUGGACAUGUAUGGCAACAGGUUUGAAGGAGAAAUACCCAAGUCUUUUGCCAAGUUGAAGUCUCUCAGAUUCCUUCGACUAAACAACAACAAGCUAUCAGGAUCUAUUCCAAGGGAGCUCACAACUCUUAAAGACCUCAAAGUUUUUGAUGUUUCUAACAACGAUCUCUGUGGAACAAUUCCAGUCGACGGUCCCUUUGCCUCUUUUCCAAUGGAAAGUUUCGAAAACAACAAGCUUAAUGGACCUGAGCUGAAGGGACUAGUGCCUUAUGACUUUGGAUGCUGAAGAAAGCUUGAACUUGACCUUCCUCGAAGACUGUAAUGCCGAAACUUAUCUAAGAUAAUUUAGCUGGGGAUAUGCCUUCUUACGAUAUGUAGUUGACACGUUGUUCAUGCGUAGAACUAUUAUCCUACCUUCCUCGGUGCUAAGCCUUAUCUUUGAUAUUGGAGCGCAGAGAAACAUCCCUCAUUUGGCAAUGGAGGACAGUGUCCGCAUUAUUAAUAUGUAAAAGUUAGCAGCCAAAUUAGUUUUCUGCACGACAUUUGCUAUAAAUUUUCUGUGUUUUCACUCUGAACCUGCACAAUUUUUUGUAGCCUUUUGAUGGAUUUGGACA